AAAAAAAAAAAAUGCCAAGGCUAUUUGUGUGUUGAAAUGGAGCAAUUAUGAUUUUAACACAUAUUUGUGGGUAAAGAAUUUAUCAUAAUGGUGCAAAUGACUUGGCCAAUAUAUGUAAAAUAAAAUACUUGAUAAGCUCCAAUUAUCACAUAAAGUGAAUAUAAAAAUGUGAAGAAAAUGUCACUCUAUCAAUUGGAAUCACUGAGAUGCUUUAUAUACGAAGAUGUUGACUGUGUAUAGUCAUGGUUGUGAGAGGAAAAAAUCAACGACGAUGCUGGCAGUGUCAAGAUCCUAACUUUAAAGAGCCUAUAACAAAUGUCACUGCAUCGGUUGGACGUGAGGCAGUUUUGUCAUGUGUCGUACAAAAUCUAGGACAAUACAAGGUUGCAUGGUUACGAAUUGACACUCAAACAAUAUUAACAAUUGCCAGUCACGUGAUAACAAAAAAUCAUAGAAUUGGUGUUAGUCACAGCGAGCAUAGAACAUGGUUUCUACAUAUACGUGAGGUUCGACCAACUGAUCGUGGUGGUUACAUGUGCCAAAUCAAUACAGAUCCUAUGAAAAGUCAAACUGGUGUCCUAGAUGUUGUUGUUCCACCGGAUAUUAUUGAUAAUGAGACAAGUACUGAUAUUAUUGUGCGUGAAAAUAGUAAUGUCACACUGAGAUGUUCAGCAAGAGGAUCACCGACACCAAAUAUCACCUGGAGACGAGAAGACGGCAAUGAAAUUUCUCGUGGGAAUGACGAAAAAGCUAUAGCAGUGUAUGGCACAAAUUUCACAAUAACAAAAGUUAAUCGUUUGCAUAUGGGAUCGUAUCUUUGUAUUGCAACAAAUGGAGUACCACCCAGUGUCAGCAAACGUAUUGUUCUCAUCGUUCAUUUUUCACCUAUGGUCUCAGUUCAGAAUCAACUAGUUGGUGCUCGAGAAGGUCAAUCUAUGACUCUGGAGUGUUUAUCUGAAGCAUUUCCAAAAUCAAUUAAUUAUUGGACAAAGGAUAAAUCCGAAAUAAUUGCUCAAGAUGGUAGAUAUGAGCCAGUACUUGUGGAAAAUGCUUACAGGGUUCAUAUGAGACUUGUUAUACGUUCAGUCAGCGCUUCUGAUUUUGGAACGUAUAAAUGUGUUUCUAGAAAUUCACUUGGUGACACUGAUGGCAGCAUUAAACUUUAUCAAAUUACCUCGGAUAAUGCAAUUGAUCACAGUGAUAACACAAAGCACAAAAGUAAAUUGAGAAAAAAUACAAGUAACAAUUUGAUUGAAGGUAAACGAGAUAUUCUGAAAGAACAAGACUUGAAACUUCGUGGUAGAAAGGAUACUCUAGAUGGCGAUGAAGAUUACGAUGAUGAUUCAAGUGCGACAAAUAAAAAUUGCAAUAUUUUGUGUGUAAUAUUAUCAUUUGCAUUGGUAUAUUGUUUUCAUCAUCAUCCACAACUUCAAAUAUUUCAUCCAGCUUGAAAAUUAAUAUAAGUAUUUUCAAUUAAAAGUUUGUCAACGCAUAAAAAUAAUUUUUAAUUUAUUACAAUUUUGUGAAAUGUUAAAAUUUCAUUAUAAAAAUAAAUUGUUUGACAAAUUAACAUUGUAAUGCACUUAAAAUAGUGUUUUUUUUUUUUUUAAAUUACGUACUCAAACGAAAAAAACCAUCAGAAUGAGAUAAAAAAAAGAAAAAACAUUAAAUAAUUAAAUGCAAAACAAAAAUAAAUAAAUAAAAAAAUAUUGUACAAACGUAAAUAGUGCAUGUGGAUGAUUUUUGUGAGCUUGUAAUCUCUACAGUGUUGUUAAAAAUAUGAACAUUAUAAAGAAUAAAUUUUUAUUAAAUUGUGCUACGAGCUAAUUUGACAUUUGUAAAUAUACUAUUGACAAGUGCAGUGCGCGCAAAUGCAAGAACAAUAAAACUAGUCAUUUAAAAUUAAACAAAAUAAUAAUAAAUGUUAAUUAAGUUAAGAAUACAUUUACACGCACCGAUUUCAUCAAUAAAAAAAAAGACAUUUUUAAAUAUUAAUAUACCGCCAGUUGAAUUAAAUAACUUUUUAUUUAAAAAAUUUUAAUGCUACCGUAAUACAGGGUUCAUACUAGCACUGAUGAAAAAAAAUAAUAAUAAUCAAAACAAACUUUGGAAAAACAAACUUGAAAUUUGAUAGAGAAAUUUUUUUUUCAACUUUUUUAUUUCGAGUAUUAAAGUGUCAUUAUUAAAAUUCUAAUUACAA